AUGAAAUCUCUAGAAGAAAAGAUUGGCUGCUUGCUGAAAUUUUCAGGAGACUUAGAUGAUCAGACGUGUAGAGAAGAUUUGCACACCCUUUUCUCAAAUCAUGGUGAAAUAAAAUGGAUACACUUUGUCAGAGGAGCCAAGGAAGGAAUAAUUCUAUUUAAAGAAAAAGCUAAGGAAGCACUGGAUAAAGCAAAAGAGGCCAAUAAUGGUAACCUACAGCUAAGGAACAAAGAAGUCACCUGGGAAGUAUUAGAAGGAGAUGUGGAAAAAGCAGCACUGAAAAAAAUAAUAGAAGAUCAAUAA